AUGAAUGGUGAAACAAUGGAUGAACAGAGCAAAUGUACAACAGUAUCCUCUGAUAUCAUUUCUUUGUCCAACAUAUUGUUACGUUAUGAGUACCAGUGUUACAGUCAGUACGGCGUCAAUCAUGAAAGGGUACGUGGUACCCCUUUUUGGCCCCCACUUACAACACCCACUACUGGGAUCAACUUGAAAACCAUCCCUUGUUCGACCGAACGGUAUUCAUACAAGCUAGAAGGACAGGCUUCUUGCCUCAACGUAUUCCAGCCAGAUGCAAUCAAGCGCAGCAAUCGGAACCAGCCUGCACCCCAGCUUUCCCGUAUCUUACGUCCACGUCGUUUCGUAUGCCGCAAGUGUAAGAAGGCUUACCACAUCAAGGAAAACGGAACUGAAAUGUCAUCGGGCACUCUCCCCUCACAAACCGAACGUGUGAAUGGUGACUCAAGUGCGGCUAAUUCUGAUAAUGAACUAGCUGAACUCACAGCAACUACUGCGAAUGGGAAGAUGAUUCGUCGGAACCAAACCUCGUUUACGGUGAUGGACGCCUCUUCGCAAUCUAUUAAGCAUGUCACUCCAUCCAUCAUUCCGAAACUCAAUGAAGAUUACACCUUAAGCGGCCGCGAAUCAGAGGUAGACAGUAACUCCGAUGAUCCUGUCGUAAACAAACGCAGACGCAUACACACAUCGGAGAAAUCUGCGGUCGAAACGAGCGAUUCUGUGAUCGAUACAUCAGUUGCUCCACUAAGGCAUAAACCAAACAGUCCCCUGAUGCAGCGGUCUAAAAAGUCGAGGCGAGUUCCUCCACAAGUGGCCUCAUCAGAGGUAUUGCAGUCCCAGACAACAGAAGCCAAUCCAACGACCCAGCAGCGAAUAACACCAGAAAAAACUGCAUCAGUCGUCACCAGUGACUCUUCAUAUCGUGGCUUUCCCCCCCAACCCGUUCCAAAAGCUGACAAUUUUUCGACGAAACCAUCUGAUUCUGUGGUUAGGAAGAAUCGCAUUAAAGCACAGUACGUUUCUGUUGCCACUCCCUUCCGUUUUCCACCGAGUCGAUCUUCGAAGCCCAAUCUCUUAUCAAUCACGCAGCUCACAGGAAUCCAGAAAGAUAGAGGUCUCGUAACGAACAAGCGUCCCCAAUCGCGCGAAGGCAAAUCCUCGGUCCAUCAAAGCGAAGCUAAGAAACCCAGCCUGAAUGAGUCACGUUCACCGUCAACAACUGUCACUCCUCGUGUUUCGUCGAAAAAGUUUGUAAACAGCUCUGACUUGGCGUCCUCAAGGUACCGCACCAGGAGUCGACCUGGCAGUCUUCAAAAUUCUGGGGUGAACGAUAGUCAGUCUAACACUGUCUCUCCCGACACUACCUGCCACACUGCCCCAGUGCAAACCGCACAACAAGAAAUGUUGAACAUCUCUACGCAAAAGGAAGCUCCUUCCGACUCGGGUAAUCAGACCAUUGAGGAUCAUUGCAUGGCGGCUAUCGAUGCUCUUGAGAAGCCAGUUCCAGCUUCUGACUCGUCAGAUUCGAUUAUCCGGGUGUCCGUAGACAACAGAGAGAAAUUCCAAGUUGCGAACCGAACAAAGGCGACGGACUACGAGAAACCGAAGAAUCGCUGGAUUCGUGAGGCUAGAGCUCGUCGAUCCCAGGAAGAACGCACAUCCUUGUCCGUUGCACCACCCUUGGGUUCGAGUGCUCCAGCGAGCCUUGACCCAUGUUCCACUGCUUGCGACCCACAGUAUGUUGAUGUGUGUGCUGUUUCUCCUUCCAGUACUUCUCGGCUUCGAUCAAGGUCCAAUGAGCCUGUGAUCCUUGUUUCUUCUAACUCCAUGUGUCUUUCACCCAAAAGUAGUUCUGUGUCCAAAAAGCGGAGCCAGCAGUUGACAAUUUGUUCCGUGGAUGUAAUGCGCAGUAAAGCUACUGUUGAAGAAGAGUCAACUGUGGAUGAGAAAACUAAAGUUAUCUCUACACCAAAUACAACAUAUCAGCAAUUGUCUCCUCAUCCUAGCCAUCAGACGGAAACCACAGGCGUAAGCCUGCCCGUACUGAAAAUUAAAAUCAAUCGACAAAAUCAGUCAUCUGCCGAUCCGAAUAGUUCAGCCCAAUAUGAGGUCGUCGGUUCACAAGUUACAAGUGAAAAUGACUCCUCCGCUGCGACAAACACAGUUGAUGACCAGUCGGUAGCACAGAAGACUGGUGGGUCUUUGACAGUUUCUUCUGCCGAUAGUUCAUUUGAAACCCUCGAUCCUAAGGUGGCCCCAGGUGCCGGGGGAAUGUGGACUUCCUCUCCAACUUUAUCAGGGUCAUCAUCCAGAAAAGGUACGAAUUCAGCAGAUUUGGGACACGAGGUGAAGAAAUGUCGUCUUUCAGACGGCACCGUUUUUCGAGUUGGCGAUUUGGUUUGGAGCAAACUGUCUGGAUGGCCUUCUUGGCCUGCUCAAAUUACCAGUAUUCAUAGGAUAUCAACAAGUGAUGUAGAGUCGAAAUCGGUUGGAGAGUCCGAAGCGUCUAACGGAUCACAACAGAAACCAAGUUCUCCGAUGAACUCAAAACGCUUGUCCUAUGUGGCAUGCUUGCAUUGGUUUGCCUGGCACCAGGUGUCUUAUAUGCCUUGUGACAAAUUGUUUCACUUUCUUCAACACUACAAACGCUUUGAUAAUAAGAAAAAGCGUGGGAUUUUCCGUCAAGCCGUUAAUGAGGCGCGACACAAGUCAGAUGAGAAAAAAGCCGUUUCCAAUGUAUCAUGCGACUCUGACGUAACCGAUGAACCGGAGACCGAUCUUCCUUCAGAAACUAACGAACAGUUGAUGGAUAAAGUGCCCAACUGUUCAGAACCCGUACUUUCGGUGGUGAACGUCGAGGCUGUGACAUCAGAAGUUAGAAGUGCUGAGGAUUCAGCCACCGGAAUGCCCGAUGAGACUAUAGAAAGCACCAAGCCACCACCAGUUGUAUCCGCUGCGAUCACAGAGUCUUCCACAUCGGAAACCAUUCCUCCCGUGACCAUUCGUCGGGGUAGUAGUCACCGGGGUCGCACGCGAAGCUUACGAGGCAGGCGGGGUUGUUCCGUGAAGGCGUCGGAUUGCGUUCGCAGUAGUCCUCGAAAUUUACCUAUUUUUAUUCCCUCUGAAGCUUGUGUCCAGCCAUUUGCCGGCAGAAGACGAACUGCCGCUGGACGGACACGAGGCGUUGGUAGGGGACGAGGUCGAAAAACGAUCACACAGACCAACUCGACCUCUACGACAGAAUUACCUCAUUCGGACCGAAACACCUAUAUUAUAUCCGAGCCUAGUGGAUCCAGUGGAACGCUGAAAAUCGUACUUUCAACCUCUGGACUCAAACUGUCCCACCGGGGCAGUCGUAAGGAUUCUUCACUCAGAAGGGGGAAACCGAAGAAUGUCCAACCCAAAAAGCUCCAGGAAGGUGUUCGUUUGUCUACGAAAAAAGCGGAAUCCAAGUCUCUCGGAUCUGAAUCACUGUGCGAAGUUACUCCUGUCUCCGAGUCCCAGAUUCCCGAAGUUACCGGACUUAGGCAAUCGGACCCUCCUAAUACUGAUCCGUACUCUGACCCGUCGGCCGAACUCCUCUCACAGUUCCCUCACGUUUUUCCGGAUCUCAGGGCAUCUGGCAUUUUAUCCGAUGCAGUGGAUAUUCCAACGUUUUCUGAGGAUGAAUCCGAAGAGGAAGAUGCCGGACGUUUGAUAAUUGAUCCCGAUGUCAUGGCAUCAGUCAAUUCAGCUGGCUCUCUAUCUAUACCGCGUGUAGAAACAGAACAACAUCCCAAACCAGACACAAGGACAGUUCCGCAGGAAUACUAUAACACCACCUACUUUACGGGAGUUCAGAGGAAGGAACACAUGCGAUCGGAUCUUUGCACCCCUUACCAAUUUAUGCCGGUUACACUUUCACGGCUCUCCGAUACCGUGUUUUCCACUACAGCUAAUUCCAAUGCCCCCUCUACCGUGUACAGUAUACCGACGACCAAUAACAGGUUUUCAAGCCUGGCAGCACAAGAAUCCACACAAACACAUGUCCCUCCCGCCCUCCUUUCUCAGACAUCGUCCCAGCUGGGCCUGUCCCAUUCUCCUCUCCAACAGUUACCACACCACUCAUUUGAUACAUCCUCUGUGGAUCACAGAUUAUCCUCUUAUUUUCGACCUUCUAGUCAAACUGGGGCUCCUAUCACAGUAGCGAACAACGUGGUGCCUUAUCUCACAUCGAACUACCCAAAUCUGUGAAUGCUCCUUCAGGCUGGUAUACCAUUUCCGAAAGUCCGGACACCAGUGGUUCUAUGAACAGACAUGUAUUUUCUUCCUGAGUGUCGGGUGACACUGGCAAACAGUAUCCCCUUUCGAUGUUCCAUUUGACUUCUGUGGCGCCCUUCCAACUGACUUUGAUUUACAUGCAGCAACUAGACUGUUUUCUAUGUGCGCGGAGCUCGCUUAUUCGAUGCUGGUUUGCCUUGAUCAUUUCGGUAUUCGUUCUUUCACCUUAUCUCCUCCGUCACAUAUCCCAUAUCCUCACGAUGUAUAGUUCAUGGUUCGAUACGUUCUUUUUGUUUUCGUUUCUUUUGUAUUCCCGUUCUUACUUCACGUUGGUGGUACGCUUCUCCCCUCCCCCUGACACGACCCCACUGUAAAUUGCUCGCCCAUCCCAUGUCAAAUCCUGAACUAUAUUUGACUUUCUGAUGUUCGUCUACGAAAACAAGAACCCAAUUUGAAUUGGUCUUCCUCUUCCAUUGACCAUUGUUUGAAAGUUCCUGGGAUGUAGACUGUCCUUCGUGUCCCCUAACACUGUUCAUAUUGCGUUUCCACCGCCAUGCCAUUUCAGAUUACGAGUUGAUGGAUCUUGUGCCAUAUUUGAUCAAGAAAUUUCCAUGUGCUAUUCUCAUCUGUUUCUACUUCCUCAUGUCUCGCCUCCUUUUCCGCUUCCCUUAGUUUUUUCGCUGAACAAGUGGUUAGUGAUACAGGUGUGAA